GCGCGCGUCGACGAAGAGGAGCGCAUCAUCUUCUUCGCAGAGGCUGAUGACGAUGAGAUAAAGCAUGAGCCUCACCGGUUCGUUCGCCGCCGCGGCUCUUCUCCGCGACGUCGCGGUCGCUCCCGCGUUCGUUCGCCUCCCGAGGCUCAGGACCUCCGCCGGCGGCGAGAAUGGCGGCGGCAAACCCGUCUUCCGUUGCCGGAGGCCGCGGGUUCGCGCGUGUUCGGCUUCGGCCGGCCGUGGAAGAGCUUCGCUUCCUGCUGUCUCGCCGCUCGGACGGCGAAGGAAAAGCGGUUCGAGCGCGAUGCGCGGCUGCGCGGCUCUUUCUCCUCGAAGUAGCGCGAACCUACGGCGGGUCUCCGGAGGAGAUUUCGUGGUCGUGAAUUUCUACCGCUUCGUGUGCGUUGAAAAUCCGGAAGAGGAGGUCGCGAAGCACGUCGCGUUCUUGAAGGAUCACGAUAUACACGGUCGGAUAUAUCUCAAUGAGCAAGGGAUUAAUGCGCAGUAUAGUGGGCCACUUGCAGAUGCUCGCUCGUAUCUCGAAUGGUUGAGAGAAGAUGACAGAUUCUCUGAUAUAUUGAUUCAGAUCUCUCCUGCUCUAAGUGGGCAUGCCUUCCCGAAAUUAAAAGUGCAGUUUAAGCCCUUGGUACAGGUGGAUGGAGGUAUUGCACAUCUUCCUUUGCUCAACCCUACCAUGAGAGCAACACCUUUAGAACCUUCUGAAUGGAAGAAACGAGUUGAAGCACUAAGCAGAAGCCGUGAUGCAUCCACUGGGAAUAUGGAUUCAGACUGCAUUAUACUGGAUCUAAGAAAUGCAGGCUACGAGUGGGAUAUUGGCCAUUUUCGUGGGGCACAGCGUCCUGAAGUGGACUGUUUUAGGAGCACUUCAUUCGGUCUAUCUGAGACAGAGGUCAAUAAUUCAGAUCCAUUAGCAGAUGUCGAUAGAGAGAAAACAGAUGUACUUAUGUACUGCACUGGCGGUAUCCGCUGUGAUGUGUAUUCUACCAUGUUAAGAAAAAAGGGCUUUAAGAAGUUGUACACCUUAAAGGGAGGCGUCUCUCACUAUCUUGAGAACGAAGGUCCAGUGGAAUGGGUUGGCAACUUGUUUGUGUUCGACUCCCGUCUCUCUCUACCUCCUGCUGCAUACAAUCCUAGAUCCACGGCACAAACAUGUGACCUGCAGCAUGCUUUUAAGAAUGAAAAAUUUGCAAGAUGCUAUCUGUGCGGUUCAGUAGUCCAAGAGUUGAGACAUCGGAAUUGUGCAAAUCUUGAUUGCAACCUGCUUUUUCUAUGCUGUCCAGACUGUGUGAGCAAUUUCAGAGGAUGUUGCUGUUCAACUUGUAUGACUGCUCCUCGAAUUAGACCUGUUUUGCCUGGCCACCAAAGAUACAAGAAAUGGCAUCUUUAUAGAGAUUUGGAAAUACAACCAAGUUGACAUUUUAAGCUUCACAUGGUUAUUCUGUGGAAAAUCUUUGAGGGCGACAUAUUUCUGCUUCUCUCUUGUUUCUGCUCGAAGAGUUGAGUGCUGGCGGAUCAUGAUCUUGGAGAAGACUGAUGAGGCACUCCUUGAUCUUCAGGGGGAACUGCUAUCGAAAGUAUCAUGGAGGAGAAUCCGAUAACUUUUUGGGGGUUCCAUGUAAGCCACUUUUCCCCCCUUUUUUGGGCAUAUUGUAGUUGUUUAUAUUGAUAGCUUCUUUUUUUAUAUUGAAGGGACCCUGCCUUGUUUCUUGGUAAUAACAUCAUCGGAUUCACUUUACAAGGUCAUGGACUGCGUAUUAUCCUCAUCUUGGAUGAUUUUACGCAUAACAAAUCCAUAGUGAAGUGUUCAACCUUCUAAGGUCAGUCAUUGGCAUUGACCUUAACUUCAUUAGACUUGAAUGCCCGAGGCACACAUCUUUUUAUAUCUGCUC